AUGUGCAUCCAUCCGCCUUGGACGCCUGGCGCCGAUGAAGUUGCGUCUCCUCUCUAUGACGGCAAUUUCGGAGCCCACGUGGGGUUUCCGCUGCAGGAUGUGUCUCGCGUCGGAGAACUUCCAUACGUCCGAUAUUUCCAAUCUGGCACCCCGCACUUGUUUCCCGACGGUUGUGACUCGUAUCUCUCUAUUCAUCGCACCGAGCGUCAUUGCUGGCGCUACUCUGUCACACAUAUAAGAAAAAGGAUCUCUGUUCCAAAACAAUGGAGCGCUAGACCUUCAUACUCCUCAUUAUUGCAUCCACACGAUUCACUUUACACAACGAAGAUGUACCUGCGACCGGAGACGAUCGUGAGCGACUUUUCCUCGGUCAUCAAGUUCAUCCAGGCGCAUCCACUGGGGUUGCUCACCACGUGCAUUCCGCUAGCCGGUCAGUCUACGCUGCAGGCCUCGCACCUGCCGUUCCACUAUCUACCUCCGUCGACGCUUCCCGUGGCAGCAUCGAGUGCUUCGGCUUCUGUUCAGAGUGUAGAGGGAACCUGGUCCGGGGAGGAGGGUUUGGGGAACUUGCAGUGUCAUCUAGCACGAACGAAUCCGCAGGCCAAAGCACUUCUCCACGCAGGCGAGGGAGAAGAAGUGCUCAUCGUCUUCUCCUCUCCCAUCAACAAUGCAGGGUACAUCUCCCCAUCCUGGUACACCACCACCAAACCCGCUACCGGUAAAACCGUCCCCACAUGGAACUACGCAGAAGUCCAGGUUUACGGUACCAUCCACCAAACCACCCCGCAAACCCUCAGUCAAAUCGUACGGACUCUCAGCGAUACCCACGAACACAGAAUUAAGGAUAUAACCGGAAAGCACGUGUGGAAAACGGAAGAUGCACCGGAAAAGUACAUCGAGCUGUUGGAGAGGGCCAUUGUCGGGAUGGAGAUCAGGGUGAGCAAGGUGGGGAUGAAGGUCAAGAUGAGCAAGGAGAAAGUGGAGGGGGAUAGGACGGGGGUGGUGGAGGGGUUGAGGGGGUUAGGUGGGGUAGCGGAGGGGGAGGUCGCGGAUGCGGUGGAAAGUGCGGGGCGAAUGAAGUAG